GGCUGGCCGCCCGUCUGUCGUCCAGUCGGGACCGCGCGAGCGGCUCUGAGCGGUGAUUCCACAAUACGGACAAAGGGGGAGCACGAUGUGCACGAUGUGACUGGCAACCUUGGAAAGAAGAAGCAAUGUGUCGGAAUGAGAGGGGCGAGGGCACGUUGACAGCAAAGGUCGGCGGGGGUGACGCCUGUCUGCAAGCCAUUCGACGUGUGUAGCUACAAGGGGGAAAGUCGACAAAUGUGUUAAGUAACAAGUCGGAAGACGGAGAGCGCGGACGGAACUCGCCUCGCCGACUGUCCCCGCGCGGAGGUGCUGAAAGCGGCUGCAUGGCCAGCGCUUGUUCGCAGCGGUAACCAUAAGCAGCUCCGCUCUUGAGUCGUCAGCGUUCUUUCUGUGGCUACAUAAAAAUACAGCCGAGCACAGCAGAAAAGCUGUCUGUUGUAGCGAGAGUGGCGGUGAGCGGCAUUGACCACAGCACCACGACCACCCCACAUGCACUUUGGGAAGGACGCCACUAUCGAGCACAAGAUGAAUGGCGAUGGCCUUGCUCAGCAGAUGAUCCCUAACCCAGGUCUGUUCAGAAGAGCAAGGCUCCUGUGGCAUGACGACGACAAACAAAGGAAAUAAAGCCUUAAAGGUGAAGCGAGAGCCGGGGGAGAAUGGCACCAGCUUGACAGAUGACGAGCUGGUGACCAUGUCGGUGCGGGAGCUUAACCAGCAUCUCCGGGGGCUCACCAAGGAGGAGAUCCUGCAACUGAAGCAGAGGCGGCGCACCCUAAAGAAUCGGGGCUACGCCGCCAGCUGUCGGGUAAAAAGAGUUACCCAGAAGGAAGAGCUGGAGAAGCAAAAGGCUCAGCUGCAACAGGAAGUGGACAAACUGGCCAAUGAGAAUGCUUCCAUGCGCCUGGAGCUGGACGCUCUCAGGUCCAAGUACGAGGCUUUACAGACCUUUGCCAGGACUGUGGCGAGAAGCCCCACUGUAGGGGUCGGAGUCAGGGCCGGAGGGGGAGGAGGAGGGGGAGCAUCAUCCGUCAUCGGUCCUCUCAUACCCGGGAAGGCGGCAACGGCGACGAGUGUCAUCACAAUAGUAAAGUCCAAAACAGACGCACGGUCUUGAGGGAGGUUCUGAUUGACAAAGGUGUGUCGGGAUGGAAUUCAGCUGCGUUUCUUCUUCUCUGCUUGCCGCGCCUCCUUCACUGCCCUUGUGUCACGGCACUCACUUGACACAGUUCACGAGGGCAGGGAAGGACUUGACGAAGGCAGUCAGUGCUUGGUAACAAAGAAUCAGUCAAUUUAAAGUUGAUCAUGAACUGAUCAUGAACAAUGAACUCUUGUAGUGAGGAUCCAACGUUCCCAUUCCGUGGCUAAACAAACAGAUGGUAUUGGAACACUUCUGUGAUGGAUUUAGGGACAGAAUAGUCUGCUAGAUCAUCCAUCUCAUGUGACCUGCUCAUUUCAUUGGCUGCAGAUGAGUCCCAUCCAGUUGCAACCUUUUCAUAUCAGUACGAUGGAAUAUAUAUAUGACGCGCAAUUGUGUUACGUGUAUUUUUACUGUUUUGUACCGUGUUGUCAUUCACAUGAGGUUCAAAAUGUGUUCUCUGUGUGUGAAUUGUUAAAUAUCAGGAAUUCUGUGAAAUUCGUGAUUGCUUUGUUUCUUCAAUUGUCUUUUUAUUUCAGACUCUUCACUUGUCACUCAUAUUUGCCCUUCCCCAUUUUUCUGAGUUACAAUUGACUUUUUACGACUACACAGGUAGCCAGCAGUUAAAGAAAUUAAAAACAUAAGAUUCAAACCCUUAAAAUUUGGGUUAAGAAAUUGGACCGACCCAAUUGACCCAACUUCAAAGUUGGUUCAAAUUGACCCAAUUUUCUGGGUUGGUCCAAUUUUUAACCCAGCAGUUUUAAGGAUGUAUAAUUUUGGAAAACAAAUAUUGACAUGUGUAAUUCUCCACAAGUAGUGUAUACAUCUGGAAACAAUUUGGAAGGGCAAUUAACGUGGACUACUAAUUAAAAUGUUGGGAGGACUCAAGAGGAAUUUGAUUUGUAAAAAAUUGGUUGUACCUGUGCUCAAUGGGAUAAUCUAACUGAAUGUCUGAAUGUCUAUGACAUUUAACUCUGCAUUGUCCUAUGAGCUGUGAAGAAGUCACAAUAAUAAUAGAAACUGUAAUGACAUACAUCCAUGUGAUUUUGCACUUGUACAUGUGCUGUAUUAACAAAUUUGUUUUGUUGAUGCAUUUCCCUUAUUUGAAUAGUUCUUUAGGAAAGUCUCAACAAAGCUCCCCACAGUUUAGAAAAUAAUUGACAUAAUGAUUAUUAUUUUUAAAUGUGCAUUCGCAUAAAUGAAGAGUCACUGACAAGAUUUACAGUAAAAGUAAUCUCCUAAGAAAAAAUAAAAAUAAAUAAUCAUUGUCCGUACAUGGUAGCGUCAAUUUUAUAAAGACAAUUAGCUUUGCAUUGUUUGUAUUGACCUGUGAAAAAUAAGGUAACAAAAUCAGUUUGAUAUACAGUCUCUCUCUAUUUUGCAAUUGUACCAAAAGUGGCUUAACUACUGAAUAGCUUUGUUCUUUCUCUAGUGACUAGGCACUUGUGUGUAGCCGUGAAUUAGCGUGUGGUGUGCUGUGUGCUGUGUAUGUGAUGGGGAAACUAUAACGUAACUAUAUUUGAUGGGUACUACUUGUUUGAUUUCAGGGCGAGUGAUGACACAGCUGGUAACUGUGCUUGUUCUCUCAUUACGACGUGUGCUCCAGGACCAUCUGAACUUGCCAUAAUUUGCAUCUUUGUUUUUUAUGUAGCUUUUUUUCCAGCUCUUUGUUUGCUUUUUGUUCUGCUCUCAAUAGUGGAGACUGUGACUAAUCUUGGUGUGCAAGGGUCACAUCCUUCCAAAAAAAAAAAACACCAGAAAAAGGAGAAAUGUGAAGUCAUUUAUUUGUAUAUUUAAUUUAAUUUGGGGUUAAAAAAUUAAAAACCUGCCAAGAAUGACAUCAGAUGAAGACAAGCAAAUCAUGUCCAUACGUUUUACAAGUUUGUUUUUGUUUUCAAUGUAUUGCUUCCUCAUAAUUGUGUGUUUUCCUCUCUGUCUCGAGCUGCUUGUUUUUUGACUGUUGUGUUUGAUAUGGUGUACUUUUUUUAAAAAAAAGGAUGAAACUGUUUUGUGAAAAUUCUCCACGUUAAACAUACUUUGCCAACUUUCAGGAUGAAUACCAUACAUUGUGAGUGUAACAGUGUCAAGCUGGUGUUUAGUUGUCUUUUAAUAUGCAAACUGUGUAAGGCAUAAGUAGAGCUGUCACCCAGGAGCUGUACUGCUGUUGUCACCUGUGUCAAAUUGUUCAGGUUCAGUGUAAUGUGGCAAGGUGAAAGAGUUUAUAUUUACAGUGUUUAACAAUAUGUGUCUGGGUAUCAAAUGUUUUUGCAAUUUAUUUGUUUAUAUCUGGAUUAUGUGUUGUGAUUUAUCUUGCUUCCCCACAGCAUAUUAUUGUAUUUAUUAAUGUGCAUAGACAAGAAAAAUAGAAUAUUUUUCUACCAGUUUAAGUUUGAAAGGCGAUGCUUCUUAGUUGUGUUUUUGAUCUUGGUUUUGUGAUCUUGAAUGGAGUUCAUCCAUGAGGCAUUAUCAAACAGGGUUUCCGUAACAUAUUUCAUGAGCUUGACAUGUUUUACUGCUUCCUGCGUAGAUGUUUUACCUUACUAAUACAAAGGUGUUUCAUCACCAGUCCAGGCAGCCGCUCCUAAGUCAUAUUCAUAAAUAUUUUAUGACACAGGAAAAGAAAUAAUAGUGACGAAUAUAACACGUUUUACAGACGGAAUUAACUGGGCCCUCAUUGAGAACAUCUGAUGAUUGUGAAGAGAAUGAUUAUCAAUAACUUCAUACCAUUCUGUGGGGCCAAUUGAUGCGUAGUCACUCAGUUAUUUCUCUGAGCAGUCAAUCACACGUCCAGAUGAAAAGGCCUUUCACCCACCUCCAAAGUUGAUCGAUGAGAGUAAACGAACCAAACAUUCCUUUGAUCGUUUGUUUGGUGUGUUGAUCAAUAAUAAUGUUUGUUUUGCCUCUGCUGGCCUUCACUAGCAUCAAAUCAUUUCAAUUUCUUUUUUUGCUGUUUUCUUCUUUUUCAUCUCUCUGUUGACAGUUUUCCCUUCAAACUACGUGUAUUUAAUGGUGAUCAUUUGGUCAGAUUACAUACAUUGAAGCUGGGAUAUAUUUGUGUCUGAAAGUAAAUACCGGUCAGUUUAAAGUUAUAGAGAAGUAGUGAGUUUGUUCGACGAUGACGCAGCCUGUUAAGAAAAAGUCCUGUAAUAAGGAAUUAUGUGUUUUGUACUAUUUCUGUAUGGGGUGUAAUAAAUUAUUAUACUGUUCUUUCUAUGGGAAAAUACUGAAAAUGUGACAGUCUUUGUAAGUAUUUAUCUUCUACUAAAUUAUUGUUUUUUUUUUUUUUGUAGAUACAUAAGUGAUGAUGACAAAGUACUGGUGAUUAUGGAAUUAAUUGUUUCAUCAUCAGUCUAAUGUUCUUUUAAUUUAUUGAUGUAUAUACUGUAUGUUUGUCAAUAAACAGUUUACUUUAUUUUAUAUAUGACCAAUAAACAUGGUUUAAAGUAGA